AUGUCGACCUAUUCGAACUUCUUUCGUUCAUUCGUUCAUUUUGGUUCUAACCAACAAAGAUGGAAAGUAGCAGCAAUGAUCUCAUCUGUUGGUCUAACUACAGCUGCACUUCUCUGGCAAAAUCAACAACAUCAUGCAAGUUCCUAUAGUUUACAUUUAAAGCGGUACUCUGCGAUAGCCGAAUAUCCUCAAUUACACAAACAUUCGAAUUUAAUGGCUCGUCAUUUAACUCCACAACUGUAUGCCAAACUUCGUGAUCGCAUAACUUCUUCGGGAUACACGAUAGAUGAUGUUAUUCAAGUUGGAGUGGAUAAUCCACGUUCACCAAAUGGACAGUAUUUUGGCGUAACAGCUGGUGACGAAGAAUCGUACAGAAUGUUUAGCGACCUAUUCAAUCCAUUGAUCCGAGAGCGAUUUAAUUAUCCGUUUGAGUCUCGUCAAUAUCAUGAUUUUGAUAUUGCUAAACUUCGUUUUCCAUUUGAAUCCGACGAGACAUUCAAUAUAAAUAAAUAUAUACUUUCAUCACGUAUUCGCAUAACACGUAACCUUGCUACUUUCACCUUCCCAACGUUUUCGACGCGUGCCGAACGUCGCCGUGUGGAAAACAAAUUUAAGAAAGUUUUCGAACAAUUCUCCCAAACGAAUGAUUUAUUCAAUGGAAUUUACCAUCGUUUAUCAAAUACAGACGAACGAGAACAAGAAAAACUAUUCAAUGAUGGUGUUUUCCUGUUUAAACCAAUAGCAAUGAAUUGGCUUAGUUCGGGUGUAUGUCGCGACUGGCCGGACGGUCGAGCUAUUUAUAUCAAUAGUGAUAAAAGUGUGUAUGCAUGGAUCAAUCAAAAAGAUCAUUUACGAUUUGUUAGUUGGAGUAAAAAUAAUGCUGCAAAUAAUCUUCGUUCUGUAGUAACAAAUUUUGUUCAAGGAAUAAAUUCACUAGAGGAUAUCAUGAAAACUGAAGGUAUUUCAUUCGCUCACGAUGAUCAUUUUGGUUAUUUGACAACUUGUCCGUCGAAUAUUGGCACGGGCUUGAAAUAUAAUGUAUAUCUAAAACUACCGAAUUUAACCAAAGAUCGUCGUUUCCCAACGAUUAUCAAAGAUCUUCAUUUAACAAUGAACGAAAUUAUGGAUCCAGACGCAGAGGCAUUUAAAGAUUGUAUCGAUGUAUCCAAUCAGGAUCGAAUUGGAAAGACUGAAAUUGAAAUUAUUCAACAUGUGCUGAAUGGUGUUACGAAAUUAAUUGAAAUUGAACGUCACCUAGAAUCUGGUAAUAAAUUGGAUGAUUAUCUCAAGCAAUAG